AAGAAGAAGACGACGUCCAGGAACAUGUUGCGGAAUGGUUUCCAACAUUUCUAAGAGACUUUCUGUCGCCUUCAUUACAUUUUGCUGCAUGCGCAGACAGUACCGCUGUCGCACCAUGCGCAAGAACUGCUGCAAGAGCGUGCUGGGCGUCACUUUGCUUCUAGCCCUGACCGCCAUAGCAACAACACUCUACGCCAGAACCACGGGACAAAGCGAAACACAGUCCUCCGCAAACGCAUCCCUCAUCAGCACCACUGGAUGCAGAAUACCAGACUUCCCGAUCUUCACCUCAGCCACUUACAGGUCAUACCGCCGUUUACCCGCCACUGUCUGUACCGGGAAACCGUCUUUCAUCAAACGCCGGGACGACGUCCUCGAAGUCGACAAAGAUAUCCUGUUUCGAGUCUACAAUCUAACGCCAGAAGAAAUUAUAUGCUACUACUCCAAAAUAUCCCGUCACGAAAAAGACGACGCCCCGGACAAGUCCGUGCUCCUCAAGGCUAAGAGCCCUCUUUAUUUCGGUAUACCUUUGCAGGAUGACUACUUCCUCCUGUCGUGUCAGAAAGAUAGUGCUACCUUCCACAAGGAAUUCUUCAUGAUGCCAGUAUUGAAACGCGAUGUCGAAAGUCGUUGCUCGGAAGCUGAGAAACAGCUGCCGCCCAGUGCGGUGCGGCACAAUGUCCUGGUGCUCGGCCUGAGUUCCGUGUCGCGCAUCAACUCCCACAGGCAUCUAGUAAAGACCAGGCGGUACCUCAUGGAAGACUUGAAGUCUAUCGAGCUCCUGGGUUACAACAAAGUCGGUGACGGUGGCUUCUCGAACCAAGUCCCGAUCUUGACGGGUCUGAGGGAACAGGACGUUCCCGGAGGGUCCUUUUUCGAUAGCUUGGACUUCGUCUGGAAGAAGUACGCUGCACUCGGGUACCGCACUCUUUUUCUCGAAGAAAGCCCCGUCUAUGGCUUGUUCCACUAUCGAGCGAAAGGAUUUUCUGAACCUCCUACCGAUUACCAUCCGAGAUCCAUUCUUCUCGCAAUGGAGAUGUUACUCCCUUCCAAGAACUCGCACAAGUGCUACGGGACGAACCAAAGUGAAACGGACUUUUCGCUGAAUUACACUUUGUCACUCCUCAAGUUUCCGGACGGACAUCCUCUCUUCGGUUACACGUGGCUCUCAUCCGUGACGAAACAUGACGUCAACGCCCCGAGCAAAAUCGACGCCAUGUUGAAGAAGUUCUUUCAGGAACUUCAAAAGUCUGGAGUGCUGCACAAGACGAUCGUCAUCUUUCUCAGCGACCAUGGCAUGAGAGCAAGCCACGCUGACGCUAUGGAGAACCUCGAAAGAAACCAGCAUCGCUUGACUACACCGUUUGAUGUUCACGCGACGCUGAUGGAACUGGCUGACCUUACGUCAGGUCUUCAAGAUGCGGACGGUAGCAGACGACAGGGUAAACAGCAGUCCAAGCGGACGACAUUUCAGACGACGUUCGGUUUGAGCCUUCUGCAUGAAAUACCAGAAAGCAGAACAUGCAAAGACGCGUUUGUGUCACAGCAUUGGUGCGCCUGUCAUCCACCAGGUGGUGCUUCGCCAACAAAACGCGAUGCACAUUUAAUGGUGGAGUUCUUGUUGCAGACGAUCAACGAUUGGCUGAAGGAGUCACAUCCAGUAGCGUGUGACCCGCUCUUAUUGGCUGAUAUAUUGAAUGUUGAGGAGAGGCGGUUUGAAGGUGAAGAUGAAGGUCAUAAGUAUUUUACUAUUGCUGUGAGAACGAAUCCCAAGGACGCCACGUUUGAAGCAACGAUACAAACAAACAGGACGGAAGGGAUGAAUCUGAUUGGUGUAAGCCGCAUAGAUAAGUAUGACAGGACUUGUGUGCGUGACAGGGUCAUGGAGAUGUAUUGUACGUGUUGA